AGAACACGCUAAAACAGAUUUCAUCUCACACUGCAGGCUACUGUACAGGUUGUAUCGAUCAGUCCAUUCGCACUACACACGAUUUCUUCACAGGUAUCGGCGAAUGCGAUUGUGAUAGUGGCAUGAAAUAUUAGCGGCACAUUUACGCUUUUAAUAACAAACGAGCCGCGGUCUGUGGCAGCCCGCUUUCACAAUCGCAGCUAUCCACCAUUUCUCUGAAGUAUCUGGAUCUAACAAUGGGAACCUCACAAUGUCAUCCUACUCCAGCGAGGGUAAUAUAAACGCCGAAUUGCUCCGCACUGACUGGCCGACCAGGGAAACAGAAUCGCCAAUCCUUGCCUUGCUCAGAGGCCUGCCGUGUUGGAGGGGAAGUUUGUCCCUGUAGAUUUGGACAAGUUUGGAAACCCGAUAGUGAGGCAGCAGUCUGGGCAGCUGAUGCGCUGCAGCUAAAAAUAAUCCGCUUCCACUAUUCACUGCCUGAUUACACACUCGAAAAAUCCGGGAAUGAGAAUGAAAGUGUGUCAAUAGCCAAAAGGAUAUUUUUUCUGAGCUCUCUCAGAAUCAAGUUGGCAUCAUGUCCCUUUCAUUCUGUGGUAAUGACAGAAAUGACUCCUACAGUGUGGAACCCAGAGUCCUGGACAAUGGCUGCUUUGUGGAUGCUCUUAACUUGGUUCCCCACGUCUUCCUUCUCUUCAUCACGUUCCCCAUUUUGUUUAUUGGCUGGGGAAGCCAGAGCUCUAAGGUACAGAUCCAUCACAACACUUGGCUGCAUUUCCCUGGUCACAACAUGAGAUGGAUCCUGACCUUCACUCUGCUGUUUGUUCAUGUGUGUGAGAUAGCGGAAGGCAUUGUUUCUAAUGGGUACAUGAAAACACACCAUCUUCAUCUUUUCAUGCCUGCAUUUAUGGGCUUUAUAGCAGCCACUACAUCUGUAGUUUAUUACCACAACAUUGAAACCUCCAAUUUCCCCAAAUUGCUGCUUGCUCUGUUCAUUUAUUGGGUACUGGCGUUCAUCACAAAGACUAUAAAGCUGGUAAAGUACUUUGAAUACCAAGUGGGGAUUCAGCAUUUGAGGUUUUGCAUCACUGCUAUGCUGGUCAUCCUCUAUGGGCUGCUAAUGGCAGUGGAGAUCAAUGUCAUUAGGAUCAGGAGGUACGUCUUUUUCACAAACCCCCAGAAGGUGAAACCUCCAGAAGACCUGCAGGAUCUGGGGGUGAGGUUCCUGCAGCCUUUUGUUAAUUUGCUGUCCAAGGCCACAUACUGGUGGAUGAACCCUAUGAUCAUCGGUGCCCAUAAGAGGCCAAUUGAACUGAAGAAGAUUGGUAAGCUACCAAUAGCUAUGAGGGCUCUGACCAACUACUUGCGCCUGAAAGAUGCCUAUGAGGAGCAAAGGGUGGCCGACGAUCCUGAAAAGGCCCCCUCGAUCUGGAAGUCAAUGUACCGGGCGUUCGGACGGCCCAUCCUCCUCAGCAGCACCUUCCGCUACCUCGCUGACCUGCUGGGCUUCGCCGGGCCGCUGUGCAUCUCCGGCAUCGUCAUGCGGCUGGAGAAUGAGAGGAACUCAACUAAGAGCGAGCAGAACAACGCUUGGUUUUUUGGAGUUUACUUCCUGUCAUCAAAUGAGCUACUACAGAACACCUAUGUCCUGGCAGUUCUACUGUUUCUGGCCCUGGUGCUGCAGAGGACAUUUUUACAGGCUUCGUAUUAUGUUACCAUAGAAACUGGCAUCAACCUCAGAGGGGCAUUACUGGCCAUGAUUUAUAACAAGAUCCUGCGCCUCUCCACCUCCAACAUGUCCAUGGGAGAGAUGACCCUGGGGCAGAUAAACAAUCUGGUGGCUAUAGAGACCAAUCAGCUGAUGUGGUUUCUGUUCCUGUGCCCAAACCUCUGGGCAAUGCCUGUGCAGAUCAUCAUGGGAGUGAUCCUCCUGUAUUACCUGCUAGGUGUCAGUGCUUUAAUAGGAGCCUCGGUCAUCGUGCUUCUUGCCCCAGUGCAAUACUUCAUAGCCACCAAGCUUGCCGAUGCCCAGAAAAGCUCACUGGAUUAUUCCACAGACAGACUAAAGAAGACCAAUGAGAUAUUGAAGGGGAUUAAGCUGCUAAAACUCUAUGCCUGGGAGAACAUCUUCUGUGCCAGUGUAGAAGAGACCAGGAGAAAGGAGCUCAUCAGCCUGAAAACCUUUGCCCUCUACACCUCCAUGUCUAUUUUCAUGAAUACCGCUAUCCCUAUUGCAGCAGUACUAGCGACCUUUGUGGCCCAUGCCUACAUCAGCAACACUAAACUGAGCCCAGCAGAUGCCUUUGCUUCCCUGGCCCUGUUCCACAUCCUGGUCACUCCACUUUUCCUGCUGUCCACGGUGGUCCGGUUCGCGGUCAAGGCUAUUAUCAGUGUACAGAAACUGGGUGAGUUUCUCCAAAGCGAUGAGAUUGGUGAUGACAGCUGGAGAACUGGAGACACGUCUGUGUCAUUAGAGUCAUGUAAGAAACACCCUGGAGUGACCAAGGCCAUAAACAGGAAGCAACCGCUGAGGUAUCAACUGGAGAGCUAUGAUCAGCCGGUGCGAAGACAACUGCGGCCCACCGAGACCGAAGAUAUAGCGGUCAAGGUGACUAAUGGGUUCUUCACAUGGGGAAGCAACUUGUCAACAUUAUCAGAUAUAAAUAUCCGGAUUCCCACAGGGCACCUGAUCAUGAUUGUGGGGCAGGUGGGCUGUGGGAAGUCUUCCCUAUUGCUGGCCAUGCUUGGGGAGAUGCAGACCAUCAGUGGGAAGGUCUACUGGAGCAAACUGCCUGAGCAUGAGAUGCACCACGAAGGGAACUUAAGUGUACAUGAGACGGAGCUGUCUUUCGAAGCCGACAGGAGCAAAAACCGGAACUCAGUGGCCUAUGCUGCCCAGAAGUCAUGGCUACUGAAUGCGACAGUGGAAGAGAAUAUCACGUUUGGAAGCCCUUUCAACAAGCAGAGGUACAAAGCAGUCAUAGAUGCUUGUUCCCUGCAGCCUGAUAUAGACCUGCUGCCAUUCGGGGACCAGACAGAAAUUGGAGAAAGGGGGAUUAAUCUGAGUGGGGGCCAAAGACAGAGGAUCUGUGUGGCACGGGCUCUUUAUCAAAACACAAAUAUUGUCUUUCUGGAUGAUCCUUUCUCAGCUCUGGACAUUCACCUGAGUGACCACCUCAUGCAGGAGGGAAUUCUGAAGUUCUUGCAGGAUGACAAGAGGACAGUGGUACUGGUGACGCACAAGCUGCAAUACCUCAUACACGCAGACUGGAUCAUUGCCAUGAAAGAUGGCACUGUGCUUCGAGAGGGGACCCUGAAGGACAUCCAGAAUAACGAUGUGGAGCUGUAUGAACAUUGGAAGACCCUCAUGAACAGGCAGGACCAAGAGCUAGAGAAGGACACUGAAUCUGAUAGCUUAACAGCCCUGGAAAGGAAGAAUUUGAGAAGAGCCCUUUAUUCCAGAGAAGCUAAAUCCCAGACAGAUGACGAAGAUGAAGAGGAGGUAGAGGAAGAAGAUGACGAAGACUCUCUUUCUACUAUCACGAGCCGCCGUUCCAAGAUCCCCUGGAAGGUGUGCUGGAGAUACCUGACCUCUGGAGGCUUUGUGCUGCUCUUCAUGAUGAUCUUCUCCAAGCUGCUCAAGCACUCUGUCAUCGUUGCCAUUGACUACUGGCUGGCUACCUGGACGUCCAGCACCUACAGCCCACCCAGCAACUCCAGCAGCACUACCAACACCACUCUGGAGGAAUCGAAUCGUUCCUAUUACAUUGCGGGGUUCAGUGUGCUGUGCAGUGCAGGAAUUGUUCUGUGUCUCAUCACCUCGUUGACUGUGGAGUGGAUGGGCCUUUCAGCUGCCACCAAUCUUCAUCACAACCUGCUCAACAAGAUCAUCCUUGCCCCUAUUAGGUUUUUUGAUGUCACUCCGCUUGGACAAAUCUUGAACCGUUUCUCUGCAGACACCAACAUCAUAGAUCAGCACAUUCCCCCAACGUGGGAGUCUCUGACACGUUCCACACUCCUCUGCCUCUCUGCCAUCGGAGUCAUCACCUUUGUCACCCCUUACUUCCUCAUCGCUAUGGUGCCGCUUGCUGUGGCUUUCUACUUCAUCCAGAAGUACUUCCGGGUCGCCUCCAAAGACCUUCAGGACCUGGACGACUCCACACAGCUGCCCCUGCUUUGCCAUUUCUCAGAGACAGCAGAAGGUCUGACCACCAUCCGUGCUUUCAGACACGAAGCUCGUUUUAAACAGAGAAUGCUGGAGCUCACAGACACCAACAACACUGCGUAUUUGUUUCUCUCGGCUGCCAACAGGUGGCUAGAGGUUCGAACGGAUUACCUUGGGUCUGUGAUUGUCCUCUGUGCGGCAGUGGCCUUCAUAUGGAGCUCCAUGACAGGACUGCAGUCAGGGCUAGUGGGACUGGGCCUGACAUAUGCACUCACGGUGACUAACUAUUUGAACUGGGUGGUAAGGAACCUGGCAGAUCUGGAGGUGCAUAUGGCAGCAGUAAAGAAAGUGAAUGGAUUCCUGACCACAGAGUCGGAGAACUAUGAAGGCUCGAUAGAUCUCUCCCAGGUCCCUGAGGACUGGCCCCAGCAAGGAGAGAUCAAGAUCCAGGACAUGUGUGUGCGGUAUGACCCCAUGCUGAAGCCUGUCCUCAAGCAUGUCAAUGCCUACAUCAACCCAGGCCAAAAGGUGGGCAUCUGUGGGCGUACAGGCAGUGGAAAAUCCUCGCUGUCUCUGGCUUUCUUCAGGAUGGUGGACAUGUUUGAAGGCAAAAUUAUCAUUGAUGGUAUUGACAUCUCCAAGCUGCCUCUGCACACACUACGAUCCAGGUUGUCCAUCAUCCUGCAAGACCCUGUGUUGUUCAGUGGAUCUAUUCGGUUUAACUUGGACCCUGAGCGCACCUGUACUGAUGACAGAUUGUGGGAGGCACUAGAGAUUGCCCAGCUGAAGAACAUGGUCAAAUCCCUUCCUGGAGGACUAGAUGCGAUGGUGACGGAGGGCGGGGAGAAUUUCAGCGUGGGCCAGAGGCAGCUGUUCUGUCUGGCCCGGGCCUUCGUCCGCAAGAGCAGCAUCCUCAUCAUGGACGAGGCGACUGCCUCAAUCGACAUGGCAACGGAGAACAUUUUGCAGAAGGUUGUGAUGACUGCCUUUUCAGAUCGCACUGUUGUGACCAUUGCUCAUCGUGUUCACACUAUCCUGACGGCAGACCUGGUGAUUGUGAUGAAGCGCGGGAACAUCCUGGAGUACGACAAGCCUGAGAUGUUGCUGGAGCAAGAGGACAGCAUUUUUGCUUCCUUCGUCAGGGCCGACAUGUAGCUCAGCUCCUGUCCUCAGCGCAUUGCAUGUGUCCAGGGCAGCCUCUUUAAUCAAGACAGCAGGCUCCAGAUUUAUCAAUCAAUUAAUCAGUCAAUCAGCUGUCGUGCUUUAAAUUGUAUUUUUUUCCUGGUGACGACCAUCGAAAAAUUCCUUUAUGGUAAGUUAAAAAAAGACCACAUGUCAGGCAUGUCAGGAAGAUGGACUUAAAAUGACUGAACAACUGCCUCAGUAAUAAAUAACAUGAAGUUAAACGUUUGAUAAAGGGCUCAAUAUGAGCAUCUACAGGAAACACACAUGUUUUAAGCAAGGUAACUGUGAAACACAACAAGGGCAGUUUAUGCAAUAGCAAUUUAUUGAAUUUAUUGAUUGUUUGAUCAAUUGAUUGAACAUUUUUAUGAGCAUGGUCGUAUUUUAUUUUAAAAAAAACUAUCACAGAAAGUCUUUAAAUAUUUGUAUCUUUGUUACUGUUGAUAAGUGCUACAUACGUUCACAUUUUUGUGCAAAAGCAAUAAAGGCAAUGCAUCAUUCUUCAAAUGCAGGAAAAGAAGGCUGGUUUAAAAAUGCUUUUACUGUAUGUUGGUCUUCUCAUGUUUUAUCUUGAGUCAUGGGAAACAGACUGCUGCCCUUUACAUCCCUGGAAGCUUUUCUUGUUUGCUUCAUUAGAUCAAGGGCACAGCCAUGAUCACAUGAGAUCCCCUGCUGCUCAAAUGUAUCUGACAUGUACAGUACCUAAGAACACCUUAGUCUUAUCCCGAUGUACUGAAAGAAGAAACACAACCUGUUGUACCAGCUUAUUAUGCACAAAGCUUUGUAUCAUUUAAUGCUGAUGUCUGCUACACAGGGUUCUGCUUGAUUCAUGUACACGCAGAGCUUUCUGCACAUUUGCACUGGGCUACUGUUGUUUUCUUAACGGUAAUUACAUGAUGCAAAGAGACCUUAGGAGACAUGUGACUUCCUCAAGUAAUUAAUGGUACAGUAUAUAAAGAAUAUGAAUUUUACAGUUUUCUUGGGUAGAUAAUUCUGAUGGUAUUUGGUUAAUUAGGUACUGAAUGUAUUUUAUCAGGAAUGUUAACAGACUUGAAACAGAUUUCUUCUGAACAUAGAAAAAUGAAAAAUGAAAGCACAACAUGUGACUGUUACUUGCAGUGUACUGUACAAAUUCAGAAGAUGUAAUAAUCCAUUAUAUACUUCAGGUCAUACUGUGCGUACUUUGCAAUCAUAACUUCUGUUUUGGUUUAAUAAAUCUAAGAGAGAAAGAGUAAAAACAUGAGUGGAGCAGAAAAUAGCUUUAAUCAUUCUGGUGACGAUAUGCAAAUGAAUUUGCAUAAAACACAUAUGCAAAUGAUUGUAUGGUUGGUUAUAAUGAAGUUGUAGGUUCCAAAUAUUUUGGCCCAUCACUGAACUGUUUGUGUCCAUCCUGCUUAUGCUUCAAUAGCCGUGUUUUCAAGGUCAACAGAAAUAACAAAGCAUAACUCAGCGAGACAGUAAUAGAGAUUGCUUCUCUUCUUUGUAUACAUCUCUCAAAUCACAAAGGAUUAGCUUUGCAGAUUGCAUUUGGAGUCUUGUCUUUAUAUGGGCAUUAUGAUUUUUGUAUUUGGGAAAUAUUUGCUCAAAGGAGGUGUGCUUUAUAAACAAAACCAUUGUGAUUAGAAGAGUCAUUUACAAAGCUCACUCUCUCCCCUAGGACGAGGUAUGGUACAAUAUGCUGGACCGCUGAAGGAGGGUCUGUUUUAUAGAUAAUAAAUGUUUCUGUAUAUAUACACUCCUGUCCACAAGUCUUAGACAUUUGCAUAGGUUUCAUACUGUCACUUAAUGUUUUUUCUUUAUUUAAUUAUAUAAUCUAUUCUGUGGUGAUCUUCUACUGAAAUUUCAGCCAUUAUGUUUUGAGCUAAGAAAAAAUAAUGAUGAGGAACAACUGACAAAGAGUUCGAUAUUAUUAGUAAACUACAACGCUACACAGAAGCUACUCAUGUAAAGUUCACAUGGAGUUGUUAUGGUCAUGUUUUCGAAGCCAAUGUGAAUUAAAGAUUGUAGAAUGACAAGUUAGAUUUCUUUUCACACACUAAGCUGUAUUGAAAACAGCCUAAGCUGUUUCAGUAGUAAAAACACUAGCAAAAUUGUUGCUGCUCGUAACAUACAUGCAUAUAUUUUAACUCCUGAUUGAAUUUAAGGUGUCUGAGACUUUUGCAUCAUCCAUGUUAUGUGUGUGUAUACAUAAACAGAUUAUUAAUAUUUUUCUUGACUUGGAAUGAUGGACUUGGAUGCUGAGUUAUUCUUUUAAAGGUGGAUACACAGCAAUGUGCAAUUAAAACUUUCGUACGGACAUUAACUUACCAACAGUAUUACUGCCGAAAGUUACAAAGGCCGCUCUGAUCAAUUCUGUCACCCCUUCUCUUUGGUGCUUUUAUUUUAAAAGAAAAUUGGUAUGUGCACAAAUAUUGAUUAUUCACAUGGCAUUUGUGUGAGAGCUGACUAUGCAAAUGAGCAAUUCCAUCCCAAGUACAAUUUACCGAGAUAUCCAUAUACAGUAGGAUGGUAAAAUAAUACAUUUUGCUUUUUAUGAUAUCUACUGUAGUAUGUUCCCUGAGAUUGAUAACACAUGAAGCAUUUGAAUGUGUUUGUUGCGUCUGGCCCUUUUAUUGCUGGUUACUAAUCUGUAUUUUCUAGUGUAGCUACAUACUGUACCACUGUGAAAGGCAGAUUCUCUAGAAAUCCAAGACAAGAGCAUCUUAGACAGUUUUACUUAUUUUAUGUGUACUGGCUUACAUGUAUAAGUCCUCAGUGGCUGAAAUUUAACUGGAUUCAAUUAUAGGAGAUUUUAAUGGCAGGAGACCAGAAAUAUUGGUCAUUUUGACAAAUUAUGUGAACAUCUUAAAUAAUUAAUUAAGAGCUCUGGGCACCAAAGCCAGAAAAACGCCAAAAAACUGAUUUCGACAUCUCUAGCUUAGACAGCUCAUAAACCACAACCUGAAUGGGUAUGAAAUAUCUCCUGAAUCUACUGAAAUCUGUUUUUGAAAGUGUUACAGUAUCUGGCUGUUGCAUACUUAACCACUUUAAGAGAAAGCAAAGCUUCCCUAAAUUGAGUAAUUUGUAUGGAAAAAGUGACAUAUGAACAUAACAAUCAUUAUCUACCGUAUAGAAUGGAUAAAUAUAUAAUGAAACAGUUGGACUCAUAAAUCUUUCCUUUGAAGAUGCAAUCCACUUUUAUCUGUCUCUGAAAUCUGCAUUAAACUGCAGAUAUUAAUGGCUUUGCAGAAUUCAUCUUAAAAGCCAUUAAUAGUCCUUAGACCUUCAUAUGAGAUGAUACAAAUCAUCGGUUUUUCUUUUCUGAUUAGAUCACGAGGAUACUCUAUAGUUGGGCUUAAAGGAAAAUUUAAAGGCGUCUGGUGUGUUAUGAGGUAUAAUUCUGCUAAAUCCAGCUCUGCCUUACCACAGUGCCAAAUAAUAGAUUCUAUACUUUGAGUACAAUUAUUGUUUUUUUUACUGUUGUGUAUACUUACAGUAGCUUUCACAAUUGUCUUCUUUAUACCAAAACUCUCUUCCAGCAUUGUGAUUCUUCUGAAGAAUACCACUGAUGCCUGCAAAGGUAUUUCGUUCACUUUGGGGUUGUGAGGAAUAAAUAUCAUUAAUAAAGAUUAUUUCUUUUGUCUCUAGAAUAUAUGUUUAAGCUAGGAAAACACCUCUGUAAAGAGAUAGAAAGCUUUUAUGAUUUUACUUUUCAUCUCUGCUUUUUAAUGGGGAACAGCUCCGAUUGCAUUUUUUCAUUCAAGUUUGCAUUUGCCUUUCAGCUUUAUAACUGAUUUUCUUUUUGUCUUAACUUUACAUAUCAAUUAUGAUGUUUUUGACAGUUUAAAAUGGAACAUUUAACAAAAUGUACAGUUUUUUACACUUGAAACUUUUACUGGCAAUAAAAAAAUUGUGUUUUGUGUGAAACUAAUUUUCUGCAUCCUCUUCAGCUGCUGCUGACAUUAUUAGGCUCUACUCAGGUGGCAUUAACAGUACUGUAUCUUUGUCAGAAAUGAUGUAGUGCAGUGUGUGAGUUAUUAGUUGUAUCAUGCAUUAUCUCAGGUUCAGAAGAGUGUUUUUUUGCAUUUUGGGAUAUUUUUUUAGAAUAACAUGAGCUUUUAAAAGAUGCGGAGCGGGUAAUUAUAAGUCUUUGAAAGCAGGUAGUGAAUAACAUAAAUAUUUAGAUACAUAAAUAUAUUCAUUUUGCCACUAGUAUAUCUAAUUUGUACAGUGCAGUUUAUUUGACUUCCUUUAACCCUAACACUGAAGACCUGUUAGGGAUUAACCUAACAGUUUGGGUGUUCCUCAUGAAACAGAACAGCAGCUGUUUCUAUAUUCUGAAUUAAAAAUACAAAUAUUAAGGGAUUAUUGACUGAAGGACUUUGCUAAUGAAACCGAAUAAAAUUAGAAUAACUGAAUACAGAACUAUUGAGUCAAAAGCAGUAUUUUUCCAAAAACAAAGUGGCUUUUCCCAAAUAUAAAAUGCAUAGUUUAGCCAGGUCUCUUGAUCAGAUCACUUUGUAUACUAUGGUUUGAAAAUACAGUCUGGAAAUCUAAUUAUAUCUGUGUGUCUCGAUUAUUU